AUCCUGAUUAUUUUGUUGAUUUUUUUAGAUGUGGAUUUAACUGAUGUUGAUACACAAAAUCCCUCCACACAUGAGGAAAAGAACUUUCUCGUGGUAAUGUUAGAGGAAUAGCAAUUGGAGACAACCUGCUGCACUCUGCUACUCCGUGAGACAAACAUCAGUAAAGCCAAGCAGUGAGAAAAGAAAGACUCUUCAUGAGAAAAUGACAGCAAGAGAACACAGUCCCCGCCAUGGUGCAAAAUCCCGCACUGUGCAACGGGCCUCCACCAUCGAUGUCACCUCUGAAAUGCUUGGCCUGUCUCUAACAGGAAACAUUCAGGACCCAGAUGAACCAAUUUUAGAGUUCAGUUUAGCUUGCAGUGAGCUACUAACUCCAUCGCUAGAUCGAAAACCAAAUAGUUUUGUAGCAGUGAGUGUAACUACACCUCCCCAGGCCUUCUGGACGAAGCAUGCACAGACAGAAAUUAUUGAGGGAACAAGUAAUCCUAUCUUUCUAAGCAGCAUUGCCUUUUUCCAAGACUCUCUUAUCAAUCAAAUGACACAAAUCAAACUCUCCGUGUACGAUGUCAAAGAUAGAUCUCAGGGAACAAUGUAUUUGUUGGGUUCUGGGACGUUCACUGUAAAAGAUCUUCUUCAGGAGAAGUAUCACAGAUUGCACAUAACACUAAGGUCGGCUGAAAGUGACCGUGUAGGUAACAUCACAGUUAUUGGAUGGCAAAUGGAGGAAAAAUCUGACCAAAGGCCUCCAGUGACAAGGUCACCUGAUACAAUUAAUGGAAGGACUGUAUUGCCAGUUGAUGAAAGUUUAACAGAAUCUUUAGGAAUCAGAUCUAAGUAUGCUUCGCUAAGGAAAGAUGCACUACUGAAAUCUGUGUUUGGUGGUGCCAUUUGCCGAAUGUAUCGUUUCCCGACCACUGAUGGAAAUCACUUAAGAAUCUUGGAGCAGAUGGCUGAGAGCAUCCUGUCCCUGCACAUCCCCAGACAAUUCGUGAAACUGCUUCUAGAAGAAGAUGCAGCAAGGUGUCCUUCAUUUAAAGCCAGUAGCUUGAAAGCUGAUAAAAAAUUGGAAUUUGUUCCUACGAAUUUACAUAUACAGAGAAUGAGAGUCCAGGAUGAUGGAGGAUCAGAUCAGAACUACGACAUAGUCACCAUAGGAGCACCAGCAGCUCAUUGUCAAGGCUUUAAAUCAGGUGGCUUGCGGAAAAAGCUGCAUAAAUUUGAAGAGGCAAAGAAACACAGUUAUGAGGAGUGUUGCACUUCAACAAGUUCCCAGUCUAUAAUAUACAUCCCACAGGACAUUGUUAGAGCAAAGGAAAUCAUUGCACAAAUCAACACCCUGAAAACGCAAGUCAGUUACUAUGCAGAAAGGCUCUCAAGAGCUGCCAAGGAUAGAUCAGCUAAUGGCCUUGAAAGAACACUUGCUAUCCUGGCAGACAAGACCCGGCAACUUGUCACAGUGUGUGACUGCAAGCUGUUGGCAAAUUCAAUACACGGACUGAAUGCUGCAAGGCCAGACUAUAUAGCUUCAAAAGCAUCUCCAACCUCUGGAGAAGGGGAACAAGUCAUGCUGAGGAAUGAUCAAGAUACACUUGUGGCCAGAUGGACAGGAAGAAAUAGCCGAUCUUCCCUGCAGGUGGAUUGGCAUGAAGAGGAAUGGGAGAAAGUUUGGUUGAACGUCGACAAAAGCCUGGAGUGUAUUAUACAGAGAGUGGACAAACUUCUCCAGAAGGAGCGCUUGCAGAGUGACAGCUGUGAAGAUGUUUUCCAGUGUGACGUCAGCAGUACUAGUAAGAAAGAUUGCAGCCCCACUCCGGAAGAAUCUGGCGCAGGUGAAUGGAGUGAAGCUCUUUAUCCUUUGCUGACCACACUCACCGACUGUGUAGCCAUGAUGAGUGACAAGGCAAAGAAAGCCAUGGUCUUUUUGUUAAUGCAGGACAGUGCCCCAACAAUAGGGCUCUGCCUCAGCCUUCAGUAUCGCAGGGAUGUUGUCUUCUGCCAAACUCUGACAGCUCUCAUUUGCGGUUUCAUUAUCAAGCUGAGGAACUGCCUGCAUGAUGAUGGAUUUCUAAGACAACUCUACACCAUUGGCUUGCUGGCACAGUUUGAGAGCCUGCUGAGCACUUAUGGUGAGGAGCUGGCAAUGCUGGAGGACAUGAGUUUGGGAAUCAUGGACUUGAGGAAUGUAACCUUUAAAGUAACUCAGGCUACGUCAAAUACAUCUACUGACAUGCUGCCAGUCAUCACUGGAAAUCGUGAUGGAUUUAAUGUGAGGAUCCCUCUGCCAAGCGCCUUGUUUGAUUUGUUGCCGCGAGAGAUUCAAAGUGGCAUGUUACUGAGGGUUCAGCCUGUUCUUUUCAAUGUGGGAAUCAAUGAGCAGCAAACCUUAGCAGAGAAAUUUGGAGACACCUCACUGCAAGAAAUAAUUAACAUGGAAAGCUUAGUGCGUUUGAAUUCAUAUUUUGAGCAGUUCAAGGAAGUUUUGCCUGAUGAUUGUCUACCUCGAUCUCGUAGUCAGACGUGCCUGCCUGAACUGUUAAGAUUUCUGGGACAAAAUGUACAUGCAAGGAAAAACAAGAAUGUUGAUAUCCUUUGGCAAGCUGCUGAGAUAUGCCGCAGACUAAAUGGUGUUCGAUUUACAAGCUGUAAAAGCGCCAAGGAUAGGACUGCCAUGUCCGUCACCCUGGAGCAGUGUUUGAUCCUACAGCAUGAACAUGGAAUGGCUCCACAGGUCUUCACCCAGGCUCUGGAGUGUAUGAGGAGCAUUGGAACACGGGAGAUAGUCACGCAGAAGAACUUGAGUGGCUUGGUGCCCAUCCGAGAUUUCAGACUAGAUCCCAGCCUCCUCUACUCUAUUCCUUUACUAGCUCUCAGCCCCAAUUUACUGAUUGUGUGGCUGUUUCUGAGCAUAGCGUACCUGGUGGCCAGAUUACGUUGCAAGUGAAGAUUAAGUUAAAAACAAAAACAAAAAAAGUGCUUGAAUGUGCGUUGCCACUUGGUACCUGCUGGACAAAGGAAUGUGUCAUAGCAUUGUCUGCCAAGAAUUAUUAUUAUGCCUUACAAUUUUACGUUUCUAUUGUACUAAACUGUAAAUAUACAUCAAAUUAUUUUAUCAAAAAGAAUUGUAUUGAAACUUUAAAUUAUUGUUCUGCUUUCAGUGCUUGUAACAUAGUCUGACAUUGGCCUGUUACCUCGUUACUUUAGCCGGCCUGAAGAUCUCUUACCAAAUAUAGUUUUAUGUUACUUGUUUCAUGUAUUCCAGAGAAAGGAACUCUAUCUGAAAAGAAUUUGUAUCUUUUUUGUAAUAUUUAAGGGGUAUGCUAAUCUUGCCUUUCAUUUUUACAAGGUAUGAAGAGAAAACUAAAAACGCGGGUGGGGUUUAUAAGAAAUUGUUAGAAAUUUAUUUAAACAAAUUUCUACCUUCAUUUCAAAGCAUAAUAUCCAAAUUACUGAACAGUUUGUAGAACCAUAGUCUUGUUCCUUUCUCAUGGUUAAGUAUGUUCUAAUAGACUAGUGUACCCACUCAAAAACCAACUUGCAGUGUGCUGCAUGCAGAAUUAUUUCAUUCUAUUUGUAGAUCUGCAUUUUGCAAUGUAUUAAAGACAUAAAGAGAAUAACUUGUGGUUAGGAAGGGGAUGUAAUUGGCAUUAGCCUGCUAAUGAUCCAUUAUCUG